CACGUCAUGAUGGGCAUGUGUGGAAAGAAAAACGCAUGGGUUUUGCUGGUAGAUCUUAAAAUACCAGCUAGCUUUGUAAUAUUUUAUUCAGCGUGUCAGACACAUAUUCUCUAAUUAUGAACAGAAACUGUGAAAAACAUUGAGAAAAAACUGAAUGAUGGAGUAUUUGCCAGACUCAAACGCCAGAUAUAAAGAUGUGGAUUACUGGAAUGAGCGUUACCGCACAGAGGAGAGUUUCGAGUGGUUUGGAGAUUUUACCAAAUUUGAGCAUCUGAUCAAACAGCAUGUAGGGGUGGAAGAAAACAUUUUGAUAUUGGGUUGUGGAAACAGUGCUCUGAGUUUUGAUAUGUAUCAGGCUGGCUACACCUCCAUUACCAACAUAGACUACUCCAGCAUUUGUGUAGAGACCAUGGCGGAGAGACACAAGGACUGUGCUCAGCUCAGCUGGUUAUGCAUGGACGCCCGCCAACUGGCCUUCCCUGAUGGCACGUUUGAUGUCGUUUUGGAGAAGGGAACUCUGGAUGCCAUGCUGGUGGAAGAGACCGACCCGUGGAGGGUCUCCAAUGAUGCAGCUCAACUGCUGCACCAGGUUCUUCUGGAGGUCAGUCGUGUUUUGAAGCCCGGUGGCCGCUUCGUCUCGGUCACGUUUGCUCAGCCACACUUCCGCAAAAGACUGUACGCUCGGGCGGAGUACAACUGGUCCGUCAAGCACUAUCACUACGGCAACAGCUUCCACUACUUCCUGUACGUUCUCACCAAGGGGGAGGAGCUUAGCCCGGAGGACGCGACACUGGAGAAGAGGCUGCUUGAAGAAGUCGAGGCUCCGCCUGCUGAAGUCAUAUGUCAGGAAGUGGAUUCAGAGGAUUUUCUAAAUAACAUUGGACUGUAGGUCAGAAAAAGUACAGCAUUUGAAUGUUCAAAAACAUGCCAUAAAAGUUUAAGUGAUUUGGUGAAGUCACAUACUAAAAUUUAUGCUGCAUCAUAGGAGGACAGAAUUUAAUUUUUAUAUGACUGAAAGAUGAUGGAUCUACGUUUUGAAGAUACUUACAGAAACCUUCGGAGAUGCUGGUCACUCGUUUUAGUUGUUUUAUUAACUUUAAGGACAAAAUUUUAAGUGUGCUAAAAACAGGACAACACAGGGACUUACAAUCUGAAAUCUUGUGAACUGUAAACUUCAUAUUUGACUUGUUUCUCUCACACUGGAGGUUUAGAGCUGUUUUACUUGGAACAAUGAUGAGCUUUUAAACAACGAAAUGCUUUAAUAUUUUGUUGUUUUAACAUUGCUCUUUUAUAUACAUUUUUUUAAUCCAAAUUUAUACAGACUUAUGUGUUGUCUCUAAGCAUUUCUCUAUCUCUGUCUCUCUCUCUCUCUCUCUCUCUCUCUCUCUCUUUCUCUCUGUCUGUUUCUGGAUAUUUUUAGCGUGAUUGUGUUGAUAGGCAUGACAAGGAUAAGUGCCUGGCACCCGCUUACUUGUUUAGAGACAAAUCUGUCACAAACACAAAAAGAACAAAUAAACUCAAAAAUAAACAGCUCUUCUGAAUAGUUUACAAAA